AAAAGUGCGAGCGGAGCCGGGAUUGGUUUCAUUUGCUUUGAAAGCGCGGUUUAAAGGUUAUAAAUCCGUCCAAACGCAGGCAGCCAACAAUGCCCAAGAGAAAGGCUGACGGAGACUCCAAGGCGGAGAAGGCAAAGGCUAAGGAUGAGCCACAGAGGCGAUCUGCUCGGUUAUCUGCUAAGCCGGCCCCACCCAAACCAGAGGCCAAACCCAAGAAGGCUGCUGCUCCUCCAAAGAAGGCUGAUAAGGCACCCAAAGGCAAGAAAGGGAAGGCAGACUCUGGCAAAGAUAGCAGUAAUGCAGCUGAGAAUGGAGAGGCCAAGUCAGAUCAGGCACAGAAGGCAGAGACUGGGGACACAAAGUGAAACGUGAAUUUUUGAUAACUGUGUACUUCUGGUGACUGUACAGUUUGAAAUACUAUUUUUUAUCAAGUUUUAUAACCAUGCAGAAUUUGUUUUACUUUUUAUUUUUAAGCUUUGUUGGCAUAUAAUGCUUUUGUGUAAUCUGGAGAGAGGGGAGAUAGUAGUAGGAAUGUAAAUGGUCUCUUUACCACCUGAGGUAAUGGCUGCUUUGUCUCACCUUUUGUUUUGACUUAUUUUAAGCACGUCUGAAUCGUUGUUUCUAAAUAAGACUGGCAACUAUUGCAGCCCACAUUCCUGUGAUUGUCCCAGGAUAGGAAGAGGGAAAGCAGUUUUUACCAAGUUCUAAUCCAUCAAAAGGGGUGUGGCCAUUUUUUCCCCUAUUAUUUGGCGGUACUUCAACUGUGAAGAGCCACCCUGAUUUAAAGAGGUUUUAUGAAUUCUUUUAGUGACUUGCGGACUAAUGAGUUAUGAAGUUGUUUUACUAUGUUGUACCUUGUUGUCCUGCCUGAUUUGCAAUGACUUUUUGGGGGGUUGAUCUUAAAUAAAGCUGGAAUAUGUUUGACUCA